AUGUCUAAGCUUACAAGUAACUUAUAUCCUAAUGGCCAUGUUUUGCUGACGUCAUCAUCAUCAUCAUCAUCAUCAUCAUCAUCAUCAUCAUCAUCAUCAUCAUCAUCAUCAUCAUCAUCAUCAUCAUCAUCAUCAUCAUCAUCAUCAUCAUCAUCAUCAUCAUCAUCAUCAUCAUCAUCAUCAUCAUCAUCAUCAUCAUCAUCAUCAUCAUCAUCAUCAUCAUCAUCAUCAUCAUCAUCAUCAUCAUCAUCAUCAUCAUCAUCAUCAUCAUCAUCAUCAUCAUCAUCAUCAUCAUCAUCAUCAUCAUCAUCAUCAUCAUCAUCAUCAUCAUCAUCAUCAUCAUCAUCAUCAUCAUCAUCAUCAUCAUCAUCAUCAUCAUCAUCAUCAUCAUCAUCAUCAUCAUCAUCAUCAUCAUCAUCAUCAUCAUCAUCAUCAUCAUCAUCAUCAUCAUCAUCAUCAUCAUCAUCAUCAUCAUCAUCAUCAUCAUCAUCAUCAUCAUCAUCAUCAUCAUCAUCAUCAUCAUCAUCAUCAUCAUCAUCAUCAUCAUCAUCAUCAUCAUCAUCAUCAUCAUCAUCAUCAUCAUCAUCAUCAUCAUCAUCAUAG